AUGACACGAGACAGGUUCAGAUCCAUAUUUUGGAACAUCCACCUCAGUGAUCCUGAGGAGGAUGUUCAUAAUGACAGACAGAAGGGAACACCAGGCCAUGACAAAUUGUUUAGAGUCAGACCUCUUUAUGAUGAUAUUCUCAGUGCCUGCCAGGCUUAUUACCACCCGAGGAGGGAGCUGGCAGUGGAUGAAAGGAUGGUGGCAACUAAGGCAACUGGCAUGACACAAUAUAUGAAGGACAAGCCAACUAAAUGGGGGAUUAAACUUUUUGUAUUGGCCGAGUCAAGCAGUGGCUACACCAUCAAUUUCAGCAUAUACACUGGCAAGGCAGUAACUGUGAGUGAACAUGGGCUGUCUUAUGAUGUGGUCAUGAAGCUUAUUCAGCCAUCCUGUCUUGGCACUGGAUAUCAUGUCUACAUGGACAAUUUUUACACCAGUCCCAAACUAUUCAUGGACCUGGCCAGCAUGAAAUUUGGAGCGUGUGGCACCUACAGGGAGAGCAGAAAAGGAUGCCCCAGAGGGAGGGAAAAUGCUCUCACCAAAAGAUGUGAAAGAGGAUCAGUGAGAUGGAUCAGAGAGGGCCCACUUGUGUUUGUGAAGUGGAUGGACACACGGGAGGUGUCUGUGUGCUCCACCAUCCAUCCUGCAUUUUCAGGUGACACAGUGUGGAGAAGGGUGAAGGACAGAGAUGGACGCUGGGCUGUGCGAGACUUUCCCUGUCCCACACCAAUCGUGGCCUACAACCAGAGUAUGGGUGGGGUUGAUCUGUCAGAUCAGCUCAUACAGUAUUACUCCACCCACAGAAAAACUGGUCACUGGUACAGGACCAUGUUGCUGCACUUCUUGGACAUUGCAACAACAAAUGCCUUCAUCUUGCACCGUGAGAUGAGCAAUGCCAAGCAGGUGCAGCCCAUGACACAUAAAGAUUUCAUGGUGGAGCUGGUGAGUCAGCUUUGUGGCAUGGACAAGGAAGGUGUUCCUCAGAGCAGGAGAGCUGAUCAUGUUCCUGUGCCCAUUGUCACAGCCACAGAUGCAAGCCAAAAAGCCACGAAAGGCAGACAGAGGUGCAAACAUUGCCUACAGGUGGACAACAGGAGGAGUAACACACCCUGGAAGUGUCAGGCCUGUGAUGUGCCCCUCUGUGUUGUGGUGGACAGGAACUGCUUUUCAGAGUGGCACAAAUAA